GAGAAUUUCUCAAGCAUGAGGAAGAAACUGAAUACAAAAGCCCAUGAAGCCUCACUGGCUGCUGUGAAAAGCCAUCUUUGCGUUGUUUCCGUGUCCGGCUCCGCGCUCGCCGCGGCCACCUCCACCGCGCGCCUCCUGCGCCGCCGCCGCGGACUCCGGAGCUUUGUCGCCAGAGUCCUCAACUCUCGCUUUCUUUUUAAUCCUCUGCGUGGGAUCACCGGCGUGCGUAUCAUGUCAGACACGGCCGUGGACACCAGCUCCGAGAUCACCACCAAGGACUUAGAAGAGAAGAAGGAAGUUGUGGAGGAGGCAGAGAACGGGAGAGAGGCACCUGCUAAUGGGAACGCUAAUGAGGAAAAUGGGGAGCAGGAGGCCGACAAUGAGGUAGAUGAAGAAGAGGAAGAAGGUGGGGAGGAAGAGGACGGUGAUGGUGAGGAAGAGGAUAGAGACGAAGACGAGGCAGCUGAAGAUGAUGAGGAUGACGAUGUUGACACCAAGAAGCAGAAGACUGAUAAGGAUGACUAGACAGUAAAAAAGAAAAAGUUAAACUUAAAAAAAAGGUCACCGUGACCUAUUCACCCUCUACUUCCCGUCU